CAAACUAUUGAAAUCAUUGUCGUUCGUAACAAGUCUAAAUUUAAAGCAAUUCAGUCAAACGAUUUAAACCCUGUGACCGCCGUCCAUAAUUCGCGUAUUCCCUUGCAGAUUCGCAUGUUCACCUGUUUUAAAUGUAAACAAACAAAACGUGCUUCGUUCUUGAAAGCGAACAAGAUCAAGAAAUUUAGAUUUUAUAUAUUUUUUUAAAUCGAGAAAUUCUUGUUCAGUUAGUUUAAGGGUUAUUUGUUUGUUUUUUUCAGUGGUUCUUUGGAAUGAGUACACAAAAAGGCAAUACUGCCCGAACACGACCUCAGAAAUACAAAAAUUCUGAAAAAUUUAAUAAUGCUAGAUAUGAUAAAACUAAAAAAACUCAAAUGAUAAAUAAUUUAGAAUUAAUUGCUUUAUGUCCUCGAUGUGAAGCUAUUAUUUCUUGGAAGAUAAAAUAUAAAAAGUAUAAGCCUCUAACAGUGCCUGGAAAAUGUAUAAAAUGUGAAAAGAAGAAUGUUAAAAGAGCCUACAAUACAAUCUGUCUAGAAUGCAGUGAGGAAUUGGAUGUGUGUGCUAAAUGUGGUGAAACUGUAGAGCAUUCGGAAGAUAGUGAUUAA